AUGGAAGGAACGACCGCCCAGCUUGUGUCCAUCGUCGGGCAGCUGGUGGGUAAGGAGUACCGGCAGCUCCGCGGCGUGAGUGCCCAGGUGGCUGAGCUCAGCGACGAGCUGGAAACCAUGAAAGCCAUCCUCCGUAUGCUGUCCGAAGCAGAAGAGGGCGCCGUGGACCACUUCAUCCGGGUGUGGAUGAAGCAGGUGCGCGAGCUCGCCUACGACGCCGAGGACUGCGUACACCUCUACAUCUUCCGCAUCCGGUGCCGGCCAAGAGACCGCUUCCUCGUCUGGUCCAAGCGUGUCCUCGCGACGCUCUUCCCUCGCCGCCGGCUGGCCCGUGAGAUCCAGGAGCUCCGCGCUCGUGCAGUCGUCAUCAGCGAGCGCCACGCGCGUUACGGCGUCAGCCGUGAGGCGCUACUGCGAUGCACUACUUCUUCUUUAGCCGCUCCCACGCCCGUGCCCCGCCAUGCGCUCGGCCUGCCGGCAGCAAACGACCCCGACCAUCUCGUCGGCAUCACGGCGCAGGCUGAUAAACUGACCAACAUGGUGAAGGCAGUUGGUGGGAAUCUCAAGGUGUUAUCCAUCGUGGGAUUUGGCGGGCUCGGGAAGACUACACUGGCGAUAGAGGUGUGCCGGAAGCUGGAGGAGGAGUUCCCACACCAAGCGCAAGUGUCUGUGUCUCAGGCGUUCGGCGGCACAAAGGAUUUCGAGGGUUUGCUGAAGCGCGUGCUUCUGCAGAUUGUGAAGCCGAAGGCAGAUAAUGCCCAAGGCAUGAAGAUAGAGGAACCUCUAGAUAGCGUGGACAACAAGGAUGAAGGCGCCCUCAUCAGGAUGCUCCACGAGCUUCUCAAGGACAAGAGGUAAAUACAAACACACACAAACUAUCUAUCCAUAUAUAUUACUCCCUCCGUUCCAUAAUAUAAGAGCGUUUUUGACACCACACUAAUAUAAAAAAAAGCUUUUAUAUUGUGCGACGCAGUGGCGAUUCUACUCAACAGGCUUCAAUAGGCUCUAGCCCUACCCUCAAAAUUUGCCACACAAAAAAACACCACCAAUGAUCAGCACACUAGUAGUUAGGUGCGCGCAUAAAAUGGCUUCCAACACCAAAAAAUUAGUAUCCUUGAAGUUGAGCCUGCCCUGCAAUUACGUCCUAGAUUCGCCACUGGUGGGACGGAGGGAGUACUUAGUCUAGCCAACAGUUCUCGCGGCAUUCAAUGAAAGACAAAAUAAGUGUAGCUAGCCUAUAAGAUAAACCCAACAAAUCAUAUGAAGAUAAACAAAGUAUGGCUAUAAUUUCAACAUGAGCAAGGUAGUUUCAUUUUUCCCAAGCACCUAUCCAGUUAUACCCAAGAUCUUCUUAAAUGUAGGUAAAGAUCUUCUUAAAUGGUUGGAGUCAGUUAUACCGAAGACAUCAUUAUUAGCCCCCAUGAGUUGACCCUUUCUGAAUGAUGGCUUAGAAGGACCAUAAAUGCAUGAAGAAGAAGAAGAACAAGCUUAUUAUUUGAACCAAUAAAAAAACAUCAGUAAUGUAAUUCUAAAAAACCAUACAACUAUUUUCUCUUAUUUCAAAUACUUAUUGGGAUAUUCCUAUUGCACUAUAAAUAAUUAGUGAAGGCAUACACUACAGCAAAAAAGGGGACUCUGCUUCUCUUUACACGAGGGAUGACAAGGAUUAUACCUCUGCAAGCUGUACCCAUGGUUUUACCUAACAAUAUAGGAUCUGUAGAAAUAGAAAAAUGCUAGAAAUAGUACAAAAAAAAGUGAUGCACCUCAUAUUUUUCUAUUUUGGAAGGUCACUGUCGCAAACAAAAUCAAGUGCUCCAUCUUAAGUGUACCACAAAACAAGGCAGAUUUAAUUAAUAGGUAGGCCACCUACGACUGGAAUAUGACACAAAUCAUCCUGGACUAAUAACUAAGACAAACAAGCGAGCAAAAUAUUUAAGAUGCCAUAUUAAUAUGGUUCCAUGGCUCCUCAAUGAGCACCAGCUGACAAGAGGAAAAAAGUUGAACCUGCUGUCAUGAGAAGAUAACGAAGGUAAUCAAGCCACUGAUCGAUAAAUUCCCUAAUUAGUCACUGCACAUAUACAACUAAGCUUUCCUGUAACUCGGAAGAAAUUGAUGUGAUCCUGGCAAAUGAAAUACAUAUGCAACUAUGCUUUCCUGUAACUCCAAAGAAAUUGAUGUUAGCCCGGCAAAUGAAAUACUCCCUCCAGUCCAUAUUAAUUGUCGCUCAUUUAUUACAACUUUGAACAAAAUCAGCGACAAUUAAGAUGGAUUGGAGUGAGCAAAUGCAAGUAUGCUUUCCUGUAACCCGGAAGAAAUUGAUGUGAACCUGCCAAAUGAAAUAAAUAUAUAUGAAACUAUGCCUUCCUAACUCAGAAGAAAUUGAUAUCAUCCUGGCAAAUGAAAUACAAAAGAACAAUCCCAAAUGUAAUAAACAUA